UCGAAGCACCCUUACAUGAGGUAAACUCUCAGAGGGCACACUACAGUACGCUGACAAACAUACUGGCAUUGUUCUCCACUUGAAACAGGUGGUUUGGGGGAAUCCAAAAUAAUAAUACAAUAGCGAGGAACAAAACGACUAAUCAAAAAUAUAUAUAUAUAUUUUUUUAAAUACUGAACGCACCAAGGAUUUUAAAUAGAAGCUACAUAAAGGUUGAGGAAGACAUCUGGAAACAUCUGGAGUUAAAGACGCAAGUGGACGUAACAAACAAAGGAUCUUUAAUGAAUAAAAAGUUCCCUAGAAUUGUGGAUUAAAGAACUAUAGAUCAAGAGAGGUGGACGACAGAUAAUCGUCCCACUGAGGAUUUGACUCCUUGUUCCUUGCGUAGGAUCUGGUUGUUGCCAGCCAACAUUGAGGCGCGACAGGUGUGGUGUUUUUUCCUUAUUCUUCUGAAGACCAACUAGACUGAUUAUUUGAUUCUCUCAAAUUUGAUUGACCACCAAUCUUGGUAGCACCUGCCCUUUGACUUAUCCACUUUCAAACUCCAUCAAAUGUACUUCUCCAAAAGGGAGAGAUUACAAAGAGAUUCUUUUGUUUUCAUCAAAACACAUAAAAGAAAUUGUCAUUUUACCCUUGCUUUCAUUUUAUUGUCUGUGUGUAUCACAUGAGUAGAGUCAUGUUGGGGUAGAAGAGAAAAGACAAGCGGAGAGAUUUAAAGUAGUAGAGGAAGGGAGGAGACGGCCGAUAAACAGAGGGAACUAAAGGAGUAAACAUCUCUUAGUGUCCACCGUUGAUCUAAACACAUCUCAUCACAAAUCACAGAGGUGCAUUUGUCAGUGACGGAUACGUGCAAGACAAACAGUUUGGCGUACACAGGCAGACAGGGGACAUGCAAAUUGUUUGAGACACAGUUCACAGCCCCUCUGUGGUGUGCGUUGCAAAAUAUUACUUGCUCUCUUGUGGACCGAAGGCCAAAAGAACAUAGAAGAACCCAACCAGAGACUUGUAGGUUACACAUAGUGAGAAUAGGAAAAAAGCCGGGUAGAGCUUCUUCCACUAUGGCAACGGACACCUUGGAAGAUCUGCCUCAGACCACACAGAGCUUGGACAGACCGGAUGGCUUCAGAACGUGCGUCGAUACCCACGCCUGCCCGUGUUCAGGAAGAAGACACAUCCAUGACAACAGCAGCAAGUACACCUACCGGCGCCUUCUCCAACUCCCGCUCUUCCCUGUGGCCCUCCUCCUCGCCCCCUUGCUGCUCUGCCUCUGGGGCCACCAGGCCCAGGGAGUCGUCCACUCCAGCUUCCGCCGCCUCAGCAGCCGAGAGAAGAAGGAGAUGCAGAGAGAGAUCCUGUCCAUCCUGGGUCUACCGGGUCGGCCCAGACCCCAUCCUCCCCUCCGACCGCCCUCCUCAGCCCCCAUCUUCAUGCUGGACCUGUACCACGCUGUGUCGGCCAAGGGGGAUGAGGGAAACGGAAUGGGGAAUUGGGUAGGGGGUCUGGGGUUCGGCGGUGCGGAUGGGUUGACUGGCCACGUCAGCCAUGCCGCCCUGCCCACGCUCAACACGUACACGGCGCCGCUGGGGACAGUGGUUAGCGAGGCCGAUACGGUCAUGAGCUUCGUCAACCUGGUGGAGCAAGAGCGUGACCUGCUGCAGCCGCGGCCGUACUGGAAGGAGUUCCGUUUUGACCUGACGCCCCUCCCCCAGGGGGAAACGGUCACAGCUGCAGAGUUCCGCAUUUAUAAGACCCUGACCAUGGGCCAGAGGGCCAACCGCAGCCUGCACAUCUCCGUCUACGAGAUCCAACGGGAGAACAAACACAGAGAACCAGAGCUGGUGCUACUGGACAUGCAGUCGGUGCCAGCGGGGCAGGAGGGCUGGCUGGCUUUUGACGUGACAUCGGCCAGCAACCGAUGGCUCCUGCACCCCCGCAGUAACCUGGGCAUCCGGCUCUACGUGGAGACAGAGGAGGACCGGUCCCUGUCAGCUGGUUGGGUAGGCUUGGUGGGUCGUAGGGGCCCCCGCUCCAAACAGCCCUUCAUGGUGACCUUUUUCAGGGCCAGCCAGGCCCCCUGUCGCCCCCCGCGGGCCGUGAAACCCAACCCCCAUAAGAAGAAGCCCAAAUACGACCUGCCCUUGCCCAGUAUACAUGGUGAGGUCCUACAAGAUCACAGCCAUGUCAACAGUGGGCGUCAGGCUUGUAAGAGACAUGAAUUAUAUGUGAGCUUCAGUGAUCUAGGCUGGAAGGACUGGGUAUUGGCUCCUACGGGUUACUCUGCCUUCUACUGUGAUGGAGAAUGCCUCUACCCUCUGGGUUCCUGCAUGAACGCCACCAACCACGCUAUGAUCCAACUAGUGGUUCACCUUCUGAAGCCGGAUGAGGUUCCCAAAGCGUGCUGCGCACCCACCAAGCUCAGUCCCAUCUCUGUUCUCUUCUAUGAUGACAACAACAACGUGAUCCUAAAGAAGCAUCGCAACAUGGUGGUCAAGACCUGUGGGUGCCUGUGACACCAGUGGUAGCCCAUCUAUAUAUUCUACAUCAUUUGAAUCAACUUAAUUGCCAUUGUUCCAAAAUAUACAAACAGGGUAAUAUAACUUGCAAUCAGCAGUUGAUAGCAAUAAUCUGUCAAUAUGCUGAUAAAUACUAUGUAUCUAAUAUAUUUAUUUUGAGUGCGAGAGUGGUAUAUGAACAAUAACCAUACUUCCCUCUUGAUUAACUAAACUAUUCAAAUCUACAGUAAUUCAGAUAAUUAUAUCACCCUUUCAUGUCAUAUAUUCUGUGAUCAAUCAAAGCUGUAAAGUACUGUAUUAUAAAUGAUCAUGUUAAAAUUUGACACUUUUGAUGGCUAUAAUUUCUUGUUGAACCAUGAGUCUCUUUUAGAUGUACUAAACAUGGUUCGCAAAACUUAUCAAAACUUCUUCUUUAAUCAUACUUUUAGCCAGUACAAAUUAGUAGCAAUUGGAAAUAAAAAAAAUUGGGCCAUUUUUGUAUGUACAGAAGAACGAAUACACAGUGAUGUAAGUCCUUGUCAACAUUUUUCUGGAGGACUGUAAUACUGAACAAAAACAUGUAAAAUGUUGUUCCCAUGUUUCAUGAGUUGAAAUAAAAAAAUCCCAGAAAUUUUCC